CUUCAUCAUCGGUCUUCAAGACUUCCGUGUCGCUGUUGAUUUGUCCCGAGUUACUUGUGUUUGUCUGAUCCAAAGAUUGCCCCAAACCAACCCGCAAGUGAUCUUAGCACCUGGGGCUAAGCAGACGCCACACCCCGCGACAAUCAUCUUGUAUCGAAUCUGCAAAAGCAUCUGCUACAUAAGACUCCCAACGUCUAGCUGUCUGGACAAAACAAAACAAGACAAUUUUUUAGAAUACAGCGAGAUCUUCGCUCUCUCCCAUCUCCCCGCCUCUCCGGGCGUCACAGCAUGCGGCGGCCAAGAUGACCUCGAAAAGGCCGCAAUGCUGGGAGUGUCAACGCCGCGAUUCGCCGUGCGACGGCAGGAUUCCGAUCUGCGGCAACUGCAGCGACGCCGGCAUGGUCUGUCCUGGCUACAACAACGCCAGGCCGCUCACGUGGCUGCCCACGGGCAAAGUAUCGCGGCUUCAGAAGCAAAAGGUCAAGAGCCGAAGCGCGGCGCCAGCGACAAACAGGCGCUUCAAGCAGAGCCCAGCAGCUUUGACGGCUCGAGCAUCGUCGACGCCGGAACGGGGCGCCUCGGCUUCGGUGGCGAGCACGCCGCCGAGGGCGCGGAGAAGGAAGGGCAGCAGCAGCACUAACAGCAAUACUAUCAAGGAUGGUAAAGCCAAAGCCAACAGCAGCAUUAGCGACACCAACGGUCCCAAUACUAGCAGCAGCGGCAGCGAUCGGAGCAGCGAUGCCGGCACCAUCUCGGAGGCGUCUCCGGGCGACUCGACCUCGAGCCUGGUGGCGGCCACCAAGAAGACGGGCAUUCGCAGCGACGAUGGCCAUCGCGAGGACCGGAACGAGGAUGGAUUGCUCAAGGAAAAGGACUCGCAGCUUCAGCUCGUUGCCAGCAGGGCGCAAUUCGGCUCUGCCAGCAGUUCCAGUUCCAGGCAAAUCCAUGUGGCGCACAUCCCGCCAGAUCUGCGGCCAGAGCAGUGGGAUUUCGUAGAUGCGAUCCAAUACUAUAACAAUCUGCUACUGCCAAAGAUGCGUGCAAGGCAGAUUGUCCAGAAUCCCGCCUGGGGAGGCGAGCUGAGCGGUGAAGCUCUCCAAUCUCUCACGGCCGCAAACCGCCACUGCAUUCUAGCUAUAGCCGUUGGGUACCGCAUCAUGUGCGUGUCCAUCAUCCACGGCUUGGAUCUGGAGCCGUCGACUUCGGGCCCGGCGUCUCACCUAUGGCAGGAAUUCUACCGCCACAUCGGCAAAUCUAUCCGGGCCCUCAACGAUGAGAUUCAACAAAGCUACCCGGGGAACGUCUUCAACAUAUUCUCCAGCAUGGCCCACUUGAUGAGCGCAGAGGUUCUCGUCUCUAAUUCGUUGUCAUGGCGCCUUCACGCCGAUGGCUACCUUAUGUUGAUCAAACAUUGCGGGGGGCUAAGGAAGCUGAUGGACUCGUCCACCACACCGUUGUUGAUGCAGAGCUUUGUCAUUGGCAUCACCGUCUUCAACACCACCAGCCCUAGCCACUCGCAGAUGGUCGAUGCCUGCAACUUUGACGUUGACGAUGUCAUGGCCCUAUAUGAAAUCGGCAGCACCCCGUUAUUCUACUGUCCCGCGCCCCUGUUUAGAGAAAUAUUCCUCAUCAACCGCCUCAGGCUAGAUGCUGCAGUUUCCGACGGCUCCUCUGAGCCUAGUCUCUGUGAUAUACUUCAGCGAGUCGACAUGUAUUCCGUCCCGCUCAUGAACGACUCCAUAGACGAGACGAAAGCCAACGCUCUGCUCUUCAUCUCGCUUCUUUUCAAAUCCUCAGUGGCUGUCUUUGCCGCCCUGACGUUACCUUGUACCUCGCAGUGCUCAUCUUCCAGGCCGUGUGCAGACUUACAAAAGGUUCACCGAGCCAACCUCUUCCAUCUUCUCGAUACUACGGCCGAAUUCCUACCGCUGCUUGAUCAUAUCCUGUGGCCUGUGGUAGUGGCUGGCACUGCCGCCGCGACAGGAACCGUCGAAAACCAGAUGCUGGUGGAAAUGUACCUGCUGAAUGGCGUGCGAGAUCCCUUCACUGGGGGCUGUACCGGCGCUGCGUUGGCGACAAUGAGGAAGUUCUGGGCCUCGGGCAAGACGGAGUGGGAUGAGUGCUUUGAUCAGCCACAUGCGUGGAUGAUAUAACAUUUACAAGCAGUUCAACCCCAACUACGGCUACUUAUAUCGAGAUUGAACGGAUGGCUUCGACAGUUGAGGCUUAACAGAUGCUCACGAUACCUGUACUCAACGAUGACAUUGACGUUUACUUUGAUUGAUAGAAAUACGUUUUUUCACCUGGCUAUACCGGUGUUUCCAACUCACAAGAUAUAGUUUCCCGAAAUCAUCUACAUCCAGCCAAGGGGCUUGUUGCAUUUUACGGACAAACAAAAAAGAGGAGAAACUCGAAAGAAAAGAAAUUAUAAUAAUAUGUCCAUAAGAAUCAUUAGAGUGUUCUUCAUUCUAUUCGAAAACUUGAAAGGGGAGCGGAAUAUUUGCAGCAGAUGCGGCUGAUUACGACUUAAUGCGAGCGUGGCGGCCGAUCUGUUUUUUUUUUUUUUUUUUUU